AUGCGGCUGGCCCGCUCCCUGGCGUCGUGGCUGCUGGCCGCGCUCUGUCAGCGGGGCGAUGCCGGCUCGGCCGAGGCUGCCUCUGUUAUGGGACCACUUCGUGGCGAGUUCGGCUUCCUCAGCCAGUUCUAUAACAUCACACCCCAGGAGGCGCGGGAACGCGUGCAGACGCUGCACAUCGCCUUCGGGGUCAUGGAGUUCGAGCUGCGCGACGCAUUCGAGAGCUUCUCUAAGCCACCGUCAGCACACGAGCAGGAGUGGGGCGCCCCCGUCGGAGACGGCCGCAUCAGGCGGGAGAUCAUCCAGGCCUACGCGAGCGAGGCCGCGGCCCUGGGGGGCCGGUCCUGGCUCGUCGUCAACGCCGCGGCCACGGACCCGGGGGACGGCGAGCUGCAGGGGAACGCGACGGUGGCUGGGCAGUUCAGCGUUGGAGGGGCGCCCCUGAUGGACCCCGCCCGCGGGGAGACCGGCCUCCCCAUAGCCAACCCGAGCCAAAGGUCAGUUCUAGAGGACGCAGUCAUCCCUUGCUUUCAGCGGAGAGCGACCGCCCGCUAG